UGAGUUGGAGGGAGUAGUUGGCGAACAGGGAAGAGGAGCGCACUAUAAGAAGAGAGUGGAGCGUCUACACACUUCAACCAGAGCCGAGGAGAGGAGGAGGAGAGAGAGGGAGACAGAGCCGAGGUGAGAGUCACUCAGAGAGGGAGACAUACGUGGGAAGCAGCGGGUCGCGCAGGAUGAAGACUUAACACACGGGCGGUGCUUUAAUAACCCCACACGGUACUUGUUCCGACCCGAGCUGCCACCGCGCACACAGAACACAGAGAGAGAGAGAGAGAGAGAGAGGAUCCUGGAUGAUCGCAAAGUGUCGGCUUCAGCACCUGAGGAGAGGACAGCUCCUCCGUGUCGGCUGCUCCUCCUCCGGACCUCCUGCGCGCUCACUCCUCCCCCGACAGCGACCCUUCCAGCCCGACACUGUCUGGAACAAGUCUAAGAGAUCCACUGACGGAGAGGUCCGCUCCGACUCACUGUGGGCUCAAUAUGUACCAGGGGCAUUUACAGGGGAAAGACUCUAGGGCUGCAGAUAAGACUGUUGCCAUGGUCCUGAAGGAGAUACCAAGUAAGGCGUCAUCAGAAGGGAAGCCCCUCCUCACAGUGACUACCAAGCUGGUGAGUGAGCAACAAGAGAGCCGCCCGCUUCUGAGCCCUUCCAUUGACGAUUUCCUCUGCGAGACCAAGUGUGAUGGGGUUUCCCGCCCGGUGACUUCCAACACAGCUGUUCUGUCUUCAACACUGGACCUGCUGGAUCUCAGUGAACCUGGUGAGAGGAGGAGCAGUAAGGAGAGGAAGAGUACGCUGACGUCCCGGUGUGACAGCCAGAAGAACAACCACCACAGGAAGAAAACGGAUGAGACGGAGCUGAUCCAGGUGGAAGUUGAACAGACAGGACCAAGCAUGAGAACUCCAGAGAGGGCGUCGCUCGACUCGGGUUCACCGUUGGAUAAAUGGGAAGAGCUGAACCCAAACCCUGAGAGAAAUGGCAACAGAAAAUGGAAGAUGGAAAGACGACGUUCAUCCAAAAAUUCAUCCAAUGAGUUUCUGUGGUCCAUAGACUGUAAAACCCAAUUAGACUCAUCGCAUAAGAACUCCUUGGAAGCAAAUACCAAAGUCGACCCAGAGUGUGUCCUAGCAUCUCAACUCAACAGGCAGUAUAUUAGUGGAAGACAUGCUCGUUUAACAAAGGAGCAGCGGUGGGGCAGCGCCCUCCUGUCCAGACAUCAGUCCCUGGAGGAGGAGUUUGAGCGAGCCAAGGCUGCUGUUGAGUCAGAUACCGAGUUUUGGGACAAGAUGCAGGCAGAGUGGGAAGAGCUCGCUCGGCGGAACUGGCUGACAGAGAACGAGCAGACGCAGAUUCCCUCCUCGGUCUCGCCACAUGAGAAGGGUUACUACUUCCACACAGAUAAUCCUUAUAAGGACUUUCCCAACGCAUUUGAAGAGGGACUUAAGAAGUCUCGAGAGGGAGACUUGCCAAAUGCUGUGCUUUUGCUGGAAGCAGCUGUCUUGCAAGACCCUCAGGAUUCAGAGGCUUGGCAAGUGUUGGGGACCACCCAGGCUGAAAAUGAGAACGAGCAGUCAGCGAUUGUCUCCCUCCAAAGGUGUUUGGAGCUCCACCCAAACAACCUACCAGCCCUCAUGGCUCUGGCAGUGAGCCUGACCAACACUGGAAUGCGUAAUGACGCCUGCGAGGCCCUGCUCCGCUGGUUACGGCACAAUCCUAAAUACAAGCACCUGCUGAAAGGAAAGUCCCACCUGAUGGGAUCCCCGAACUCCCAACGCAGGAUGUCACAUGCUCCCAACAUUGGCAGCUCUCUGCUACCAGAGGUCAAGGAGCUCUGCCUGGAAGCAGUUCAGCACAACUCGGACAGUGUCGACCCAGAUUUGCAGACGGGCCUCGGGGUCCUUUACAACAUCAGCGGAGAGUUCAACAAAGCUGUGGAGGCCUUCAAUACUGCCCUGUCAGUACGGCCCGAGGACUACUUGCUGUGGAACCGCCUGGGAGCCACGCUGGCAAACGGGGACCGCAGCGAGGAGGCAGUGGAGGCUUACACGAGAGCUCUCGAGCUGCAGCCGGGGUUUAUCAGGUCCCGCUACAACCUGGGCAUCAGCUGCAUUAACCUGGGGUCACACAGAGAGGCGGCCAGUAACUUCCUGACUGCCUUAAGCCUUCAGAGGAAGAGCCGGAGUCGCCAGCAGUCCCACCAGGUGAUGUCUGGAAACAUCUGGGCUGCUCUGAGGAUAGCGUUGUCCAUGAUGGACCAACCAGAACUCUUCCAAGCUGCAAACAUCGGCGACCUGGAUCUCCUCAUGCGGGCCUUCAACCUAGACAUUUGAGGAAUGGGAGGUAGUGAUGACAGCAUCCCCCCCCCGCCCCCUUCACUUUUACUCUGUAGUUUUUAACCCAACAGCCAAAAGCCCAAAGUGCACACGUCAGAAAAGACAGGAUGUGAUGUUAGAGACUACAGUGUGAUUUUUUUAUGCACGUCAAAAUUAACUGCAGUCGUCAAAGUUUUUUUUCCCGCCCCAAGUACCUUGGAGCAGCUCCGAGGACAGGUUCUUCCAAGUGCUUGAAGUGGCUGCUUUGUGAUGGAUUUGCACUGCAAUUUGUGAUUUCCCUGAAGAGCACAAGGACAGGCAAAGAUUGUACGAGCAAUGCCUUAGAGAACACAUCAAUUAAAAACUGACUCAUCCAGUGGAACAGAGCUGAGCCAGGAGAGACGAGCAGGCAGACAGUCGGAGCCUCACACGGUGUUUGCAGGGUAAAGACGAGGUUUUGUGGAGGAAAAGAAAAAAAAAACUUUUUUAAGACUCGAAACUGUUCUCUCCUCCUGAGGGUCGGAUUAGAGUGCAACUGAUAAAGACUGCACCACAUGACCCGGACCCUUCGACUCCUGUCCCCUGGCUUGUUUUCAUCCUCUUUCAACACAAAAUAAUGAUACUGCAUGAAUAAGCAUUUUUUUCAUGAACGGAUUCCUCUUUAAAAUUAACAUACUUUUAGAAAUGUUUCCCUUUGCACUUCAGACAACUUCCUAACCCGAGUGGAAUGUGGUAGCCAGGUUGUAAAGCCUUACUCAAAUGCAUGCAAAUAUUUAUUUAUACUAUUUUUGUGGCAACAAAAAAAACCUGCAAAGCCAUUUUUAGACUGCUUUUCGAUUUCUUUAAAUAACUGCCGUCUCCUGAACUCGAAAGCUUUCUGAGUUAUUCGUUUUUUGUUGGGUUGGGUUUUUUAUUUGUACGGCCUUGGCUCAGAGCUUCUCUUUGUUCCCUUUAUGCUGACUGGUCGGAGAAGUCGACACAGACGCUGGGCAGCGACGUGAUCUGUAAAACCUUCAUUAGUCUGGAAACUUUCGAACAAACGGGGAAAAAACAUCUCUUUUCAUCUUCAACCCCUGUAAUGACUCUAGAGGCUUUAGCAUUUGAUGUCAGCAUUACAUCCUAAUGUCCCCCCACGCUGUACACAGUAUAAUAGCAUUACAGGUAAAAAAUGUGUAUGGAGCUGCAGGCCAGGACCCACAGCAACAGCUUGGGGUUUUUCCCAAUGCAGUCAUUUGUUUCUUUGCCACAUCUCCACAGGCAUUAUGUACAUGAUUUAAAUAUGUAUGUAAGCCUGGGCGGAAUGCAAACAAGCUAUUUAGUUUACCAUCUGUAAACCUCUAGUCCCGUCACGAUAAUUCAAGACAUGAGAUCAUCAAACAGGAUGGGAUGAAAUGCAGUGAUUCUUUUCCUUUUUCCAUAACCACGCUUUUUUUAGCUGACGGCUUCUCUUGCCUCACUUUUAGUUUGAAAGUUGCUCUGUGAGGUGAACAUCCCGUUCCUCACGGUGCCACAGAGUAAAUGAUGGAUAAUCUGCUGGAGUGGAGAGCUCAGCACCUUGGCGUUUGACAGCCGUGUCUGCAGUCCGGGCCGCGCUGCAGAAGGUUGUUUUUAUCUCAGACCCUAUGCAAAAAGGUUGUGUUUUAUGUUGCCGUUCGGGAAUUGUCGGUUUGUCCUUCUGCAGAACAAAAGGAGGCCAGUGAUUCUGUGCUUUGGAGCGGCGAUAUCAGCGGGAACCAGGGACCAGCACGAUGGCCAUUCAUCUAUUAAACUGUACAACUGUACCAUUAGGAAACUAGGGGAGAACAAAAACAAGAGGAAAGUAGGCAGGGAAUGUGGACGUGUAGUCUUCAUGUUUUAUAACCCUGUGGUGUAGCGAUAUGUCUACGACCUCAAUUGCACCCGACAAAAUCAAUGCUGUACAUCAAGCUUUGUUAUCAGGUACAUGUUUUAUUUCGCCGGGCCGCUGCAUAUGUUCCCUUUGAAACUCACCCCAGAUGCACUUUAGAGAAGGAAAGUCUCAUUAUUCAAGUCCACAGCUCUGGUAUUGAACCAAAUAUGUUACAAUACUGAAACAGACAAGCGGCUGCUGUAGUCAGAUACUUCAAACACACUGUUGGCACAGAGUCUCUGUGGUCAGCCAUGAUGUCAGAUGGAUCGAGGAGGCGGCGGAGUCCCGGUGAGACACAGCACAUAUGUGCGUGUCAUGAACAAUAUCCGUCAGAGUGGCAUGAUGACAAAGGUGAGGAGGCCAAAGCAGGAAGCACAGAUGGGUUCACUCUCUGAGAUUCUAUGAUGAUAGUUGCAGUAAUUGCAAGUUUAGCUUUUCAGUGAAUUGAAAAGAGUGAUAUCCAAAUAGUCCUUCAAUAGUAUUCUGUUUAACUGUAAAUUAUCAAUAAAUUGUUAAAUAAGUAAUGUUGACACAUGAUAGCUGUAUGGCUUGAAUGAUGGCAGUGAUCUUGAUAAUCGUCAUCAUGAAGAAAGUGAAAAUAAAUCCCUGCAUCUGCCCUCUAAAUCAAAUCCCCUCCAAAAGUCAAAUGGAUUCUUCCAUGUAGCAUCCACCCCUGUCACAUCAGUGUAUGUGGUAAUGCUGCAGCUAGAAGAACUCACUCCAUCCACUUUUCUUUCCAUAAACACAUGCAACUUGUAACAUUUGCCCGAGAGAUUGUAGAGAAGGAGUUAUUCUUCAGACCAGGAUCUACUUCUUUUUCCUUUUUUAAAAAAUUAUCACAUAUUCUGUCCCCGGUCGUCCCAGCUGUCUUCGCUCUUAGCAUCGAACUGUAGAAACUCUAAAAACAUGAUGUCUGCUAAAAUGAUCAACUCUAGUUUUCCUAUGGGCUUGUAGACCGUUGCUUUUUUUUUUUUUUUUUUGCAUUUCCAGAGAUGUGUUGAAAAUGAAGAACUUAUUUUUUUAAAAGAAACCUUUAAUCGCUGGCUUGAAAUCUAAACUUCUACCGUGUGCGUCAUACUGCAGUGGUUGAGAUAUAGGAUGCCUGGCGACACAUUUCUUUCCGUAGAACCUACUACUGAACCCUCUCAGGUGAACUGACCUAGCUUAACGCAUGCUCCUGAGGAACUGAGGUGGAUCGCAUGCUAGCUCCUCCUGCAUUUCUUUGUUGUGGAUGCUGUUUAUUUUCAUCGGUAUGCAUGAAAUACAUGGAUGUGCUCACUUUCUCUCCCACUAACAUAUACAAAUGAAAUAUGCGAUGAAGUUUCCUUACAAUAUUUUUACAAUACACUUUUAGAAUCUGCAACCUUGACAAGAACUGAUGUAUAUAUUCAGUACACAUUCUGCACAAUAGGCUUUUUGUUGCAUAGAACAAGAGGGUGUACGAAGCUCGAGCAGAGAAACAAGUGUUACAGCGCAACACACUUCAUCUCUUUCAAACGUACCUGAGCUUGGACACUUGUGUAUCGCUACAACUGGCAUAGGUAUAUUCUGUAGAAACUGGUAACCACUGCAAUAACCCCAACCUAUAAAGCUGUUGCACCACAUGUUUUUAAAGGAGACAUAUUGUGCUUUUCUAGUUUUUCUCUUCCUCUCGUGAGUUAUACAGGUUCUGGUAAAUGUUGUGCAAAAUUAAAAAGCCCAAAGUCCGCAGUAAAAGGAGCUCCUCUCCCCGAAAGGAAACACUGCUCCUGAAACGUCUCGUCAGUCAGUCUGGCCCAUAUUUAAAGAAACAGGAGCUAAAACGAAGAGUUUCAGACAGAGGCUGAACAGAGGAGCUGCAGCAAGUAUGAGGAAAGUGACGUGUUUUCUGAACAUUAAAGCAUGUAAACCUUCUCAAGUAUUAACCCAAAUUAAAACUAUGAAGCUGGCUCCUUUAAUGUUGAAACUUGAUCAUGUCUAACACCAUAUAAAUACAUAAUUAUGCACUUGUUUGAAGUUUUAAUGUCAUAUAAAUUCUGUUUGAUCACACAAAAAUCUGAUCUCAUUAAAUAUUAUUUCACUUGGUUUCUUUUCAAAAGAAGACUUUAGAGCAGCUUUUUCCAGGCAGUUCUGUGACACUUUAAAUGAAAACCAUUAUAAUUGAGUCUGACCUUGAUCGACAAAGACUUUGUGAUGAAAAGUGUCAAAGACAGAAUGAAAUAAAAUGGUCACAAUGAAGAAUUAAAUUGAAAUAUACUGGAUGAAAUAACAUUUCUAUAAUAAUGCAGAGGUUUCAAAAUGUAUUGAUUAUUGUAUUUUCUUUGUAAUUGUUCACGGUAUUAUUUAUUUUAUAAUAUUUUAUUUUAAGGUUUAUGCAGGGUUCUCCAAAUUAAAUUUAGGAGAAUUGUUUUUGGCAAUUUGCUAAAAACUAAAUGUGUUGAGUCUCUUUAUAAAAUGUUAACCACAGCUUCAUGGGUUGGGGUUCAUGAAGGUGAUCGGUACAUGUACAUUUCUUUCUUCACUCCUUUAAUUCAACAUGUGUACAAAGGCAGUUUGUUCUGGUUUAUUUAUCAAUGCAUCAGACGUGUGAAUAAAUUGAUAUUUUGAUGAAUGAAAUUAGAAAAUAUAUACUUUAUAUACAGUAGUAAAUUUACUGAAACACCUACUAUAAUGCAUAUAACUCUCCCUGUAUAAUCACAAGGAAAGCAUUAGCACCUUUGAAACUUACAAUAUGAAAGUAAUCUUUUAAAAUAAACUGUUGUUAUAUAUUCUA